GCGUAGGGCCCUGCGGUUGUGUGUGUGGGUGUGUGGAGGGGUGUCGAGGGGGCGUAUCUCCUUGACCCCUGGCGGGCAGCUUGGCGCCUGGAACGAGCUCAGCUUCGCAGACCCCUGUUCCCAUAAACUUGUUCUGGGGGCCACCCUCUGCUGCUGAGGAACGGGGCACAGAGCACCCAAGUGCAUGCUCCCUGCAGUGGGAUCUAGGCCCGCGAGGGGGCGACUGGGUGAGACUGUCGCUGCUCAAGCUGAGAGCAAAGGCCCAAAGCCAGACAUCUUUGCGCAGGGCCUCCACGAUCCGGACCUGGUCUGGGCCACGGCCAGGACUCUUCUCAGGAGCUCUGCAUAUCCAACCAGCUCCUCUCCACCUGUCCAAAUCCUUACUUCUCUCCAACGGUGCUGGGAAAUCCGGUGUCCUAAAGAAUUCGGAUUGAUAUCCGAACAGAGGAGUGGUAGACAACGAGAGGGUGAAACCUUGGAGGGACAAUGUUCUACUAUCCCAAUGUGCUUCAGCGCCACACCGGCUGCUUCGCCACCAUCUGGCUGGCAGCGACUCGCGGCAGCCGGUUAGUGAAGCGUGAAUACCUGAAGGUGAAUGUGGUGAAGACCUGUGAGGAAAUCCUCAGUUACGUGCUGGUACAAGUGGAACCCCCCCAGCCCGGCCUGCCGCGCCCCCGCUUCUCUCUCUAUCUCUCAGCCCAGCUCCAGAUCGGUGUGAUCCGGGUCUACUCACAACAAUGCCAGUAUCUUGUAGAGGACAUUCAGCACAUCUUGGAGCGCCUGCACCGUGCCCAGUUGCAGAUCCGCAUAGAUAUGGUGGACACUGACCUACCCAGCCUGCUGCUUCCUAACCGCCUGGACAUGAUAGAGAUCCUGGAAGGUGCUCCAGACCCCUUUUUUGGGAUGAUGUCUGUGGAUCCCAGACUUCCCAGCCCCUUUGAUAUACCUCAGAUUCGGCACCUUUUGGAGACUGUGACCCCAGAGAGAGUUCCUGAGGAGAUCCCUCCUGAAGUCCCUACAGAGCCAGGGAGGCCAGACAGGAUCCCGGUCACCGUGCUGCCUCCAGAGGCCAUCACGCUCCAGGAGGCAGAGCCCAUACAUAUGCUGCCAAUUGAAGGUGAACCAGACCUCCCAGAGAUUAGCCGUCGAGACCUGGAUCUGCUCAUUGCUGAGCCAGAUGAAGCUAUCUUGUUGGAGGAACAAGUGUCCAGGGAGGAGCCCCGAGCCCCAGAAGUGGAAGUUGCAGUUCCCUCACUGUCACCUCCAGCUCUUCCACUGGUGGAAGUAGCAGAGCCACUUCCAGUCCCGGUCCUGGCCCCAGAGGAGGUGAAACCAGCAGUCUGGGAGCCUGAGGUCCCACUUGCUGAGGUGACACCCCCGCUCCUGGAGGAGCUGCGUCUUCCAGCCCCACCCAGCCCAGAGAGGAGGCCCCCAUCCUUCCCACCUGUUCGCCGUCGUGGUCGCCGCCGCCAGUUACUGUUCUGGGACAAGGAGACUCAGAUCUCCCGGGAGGAUUUCCAGAAACAACUGCAAACCAGAGCUCACUGCUGGGAAUGUCCAAUGGUGCAGCCCCCGGAGAGGACCAUCAGAAGCCCCAUGGAGCUGUUCCAAGCCCCAACUUACCCUGGCUGGCUACCCCCAGAACUGAUGGAGCUCUGGACCCACUGUGCUCAGCCACCCCCAAGAGCACUUAGGCGAAUGCCACCCCUGGAGCCUGAAGAGGAGGCUAAGAGGGAGGCAGCAGCUGAGGAGGAAAGGAGAAGGAUGGAAAUUCCGAGUGAUAUCGAGGUCCUGAGGGAGGCCCAGGAGCCCAGUGGGCCCCUUAUGCUGUCCUCAGAGCUCUCCAUAGAAGCAGCUGAGGAAGAGAAGACCCAGAUCAGCCUCAUUCCCCCGGAAGAGCGGUGGGCCUGGGCUGAGGUGGAGCAGCCAGAGCCCCCUGCACUGCCUGUGGUGCCCGAACUCCCUGAGGUGCCCAUGGAGAUGCCUUUGGAACGGCCUCUAGAGCCUGAGCUGCUUUCGCUCGAGGCUGUGCGCAGGGCAGUGGCACUGGAGCUGCAGGCCAACAGGGAGCCAGAUUUCAGCAGCUUGGUGCCACCUCUUAGCCCUCGCAGGAUGGCUGCCCGAGUCUUCUAUUUGCUCUUGGUGUUGGCAGCCCAGCAGAUCCUAUGUAUGGAACAAGAGAAGCCAUACGGACGCCUUUUGAUCCAGCCAGGGCCCCGAUUCCACUCUGGUUAGAUCCAGUGUAAGAGCUGCCAAGAAACCAGCUACCUUAAACCACCUC